AUGGAUCGUAAUAUGAAAUCAAGAAACAACCUUUCGAACACUAUCAAAAAUGAAUGUGUCCAGGUGGUUGUUCGCUGUCGGCCGCUUAAUAAUAAGGAGUUAACCGGAAACUUCCAAAAGGUGGUCGAUGUUUUUCCCAGUCGAGGCGUGAUCGAAAUCCUGAACUGCAAUGAAGCUUCGAGGGAAAACAAAAAGAUGUUUACGUACGAUGCGGUGUAUGAUUGUCUCUCCACACAGCAAACGAUCUACGAUGAAGUGGUACGUCCAUUGGUAUCGUCCGUAAUGGAAGGGUUCAAUGGGUGCGUCUUCGCGUACGGUCAAACUGGAACGGGUAAAACGCACACGAUGGAAGGUAUCAAGAAUGAUGCGGAGCAGAAGGGCAUCAUACCGCGGGCGUUCGAGCAGAUCUGGGCACACAUAAACCGAGCGCAAAACAUGAACUUCCUGGUGGCGGUUUCGUAUUUAGAAAUUUACAUGGAGGAACUGCGCGAUCUGCUGAAACCAAAUUCGACCUGUUCGCUGGAGCUGCGCGAACGAGACGGUGGCAUUGUGGUACCGAACUUGCAUUCCGUACUGUGCAAAAGCGUCGAAGACAUGCUGAACGUGAUGCAUCAAGGCAACAAGAAUCGUACGGUCGGGUUCACGAACAUGAAUGAGCACAGUUCACGUUCACAUGCGAUAUUUCUAAUUAAGAUUGAAAUGUGCGAAGCUGGAUCCACCCUGGUUAAGGUCGGCAAGCUGAAUCUGAUCGAUCUGGCCGGUAGUGAAAGACAGUCGAAAACGGGUGCCACUGCCGAGCGGCUUAAGGAAGCAAGCAAAAUCAACCGGGCGCUUUCGUCGCUGGGUAACGUAAUUUCGGCCUUGGCAGAAAAAUCACCCCACGUUCCUUACCGUGACUCGAAAUUGACACGCUUACUGCAGGAUUCGCUAGGUGGGAAUUCGAAGACUAUCAUGAUUGCAAACAUUGGUCCCUCCGAGUUCAAUUACAAUGAAACGCUUACCACCCUCCGGUACGCGCAUCGCGCAAAGACGAUCGAAAACAAACCGGUAAAGAACGAGGAUCCGCAGGAUACGAAGCUGCGCGAAUAUCAAAAUGAGAUAGCGGAACUGCGCAAACUCAUUAGCGAACGGCAGAAGCGGGAGCGUACGGUGCAUCGGGAAAAGAAGGCCAAAAAGAAGGCCUCUCGUGUAAAGCGUGAACCAAGCCUUACGCAAUCGGAUGAAAAGUCAGAUUCCGAGGUGGAAGAGGAAGAAGACUGCGAGAAGGAAAAUGAGCAGGACUUCAAUGAGCUGGACACGAAAGCCAAAGAAGAGUUGAUGAAGGAACGGGAAGCGACGGUCGCACUGGCCGCAAAGCUUCAGGAGCUUGAAGGACAGCUAGUCAAAGGUGGCAAGAAUAUUCUCGACACGUACACCGAGCGCCAGUUUGAGCUGGAGAAGAAGCUAUCAGAAAUAGCUGAACGAAAGAAGCGUGAAAUCGAAAUGCAACAGCAGCUGGAGCUGCAAGAAGAAUCUACGAUGGAAAUUCGCGAAACAUUCACCUCGCUGCAGCAGGAGGUAGAACUGAAGACUCGCAAGCUGAAGAAAUGUUACGCCAAGUGUAUGGCCCUGAAGCAAGAGCUGCAGGAUACGCGUGAUGAGCAUAAUCGUGACCGGCGCGAAUUGGAAAUGACACAGAAUGAACUGAUUAAGGAACUGAAGCGAUUGUUGCUAAUAAUUGACAACUUUGUACCGGCUGAGGUAAAAUCGCGACUGUAUACCCAGGCCAAGUAUGACGAUGAAGCGGAAGAAUGGUUCCUUAACGGUAGUAUAAUGCUGAGCAACCACCAAAUGCUGACCCGUCCGGUCGCAGAUCCGAACCGCCGGCGACCGAUGAGCGAAUAUGCACUGCAAAUGAUUAAAACGAAGUCUAGCGAAGCCAUCCGCUUCAAGGGUGAAAACAUACUCGAUUACGAGCUAGAUAUGCCGCUCAGAACGACGUACGAAUACUCGAACCCGAAAGUGUCGGCCUCGUUACAAGCAGUCUUGGCGGAGGCCAUGCAAACUGAGGACGAUAUCGAUAUCACCGAUCAGUCAAACUAUGCCAGCAUGAUGAAAAUGCGCCUCGAUCAGAUCACCAAGCGCAACGUGCAGGAACACGCAGCGUCAAACUCUUCGACAAGCAGUGCAAUGGCAAGUGGAACUGCAAGUGUCGGUGUUAGCGGUGGUGUGUCAGGUGCGACUAAUUCGAGUAGCAGUGCUACCGGUAGUGGUUUAUUGGGCAAUGUUGGAACCAGCACCAGUCGGGCACGAUCUUCGGUGUACAGCCGAGGAAAAUCGGCCGCGCCUGCAUUCGGAGCACAUUCAGCAGCACCGGUAAAGAAAGUGUCCACAUCGGCGCUUAUGUCGAGCAGCCACGGAGGCACCGGGCCGGCUACAGGCAACAUGUUCCCAAAAGCGCGUGGUCUCAUACCCAAGUAG